ACACACAGAGGCCCCUCAAAUGGGUUUUUCUGUGCUCCUUUACAAUGGAACGGAAUCAUCAGAUGAUGGAUUCUACAUCACAGCUUUCCACACACUGGGCAAUAAGAACUACCUCAUCCUAGCUCUAUCUAUAAUAUACAUAAUCACUCUAAUGGGUAACUUUGUUCUGUUAGCAGUCUUCAUUAUGAACCCAAGCCUUCAAAAUCCAAAAUAUAUUGCAGUGUGCAAUUUAGCCGUGGUGGACAUCUCUUUGAACAGUGUUAUCAUCCCCCAGAUGGUGCCGGUGUUUGUGUUCAAUCUGAACUAUGUCUCCUUUGGGACCUGUUUUUCUCAGAUGUUCUUCAUGCAUUUAUUUGGUGACAUGGAGUCCUUCUCCCUGGCUCUCUUAGCGUACGAUCGUGUGAUAGCCAUCUGUUUCCCUCUGCGUUACCUCACUAUCAACACCAACCUGAGGAUGCUGCUCAUCCUGCUAGGGAUCUGGACCCUGGCCUUCUUCCUGGAGGUCUUCCCUGUCGCCCUGGCCUCUAGGCUGUCUUACUGUGCCUCCAGGGUGGUGCGGAGCUGCUGCUGUGAGCACGGCCCUGUAUACAGACUGGCCUGCUCUGACAUCUCUUUCAACAGGAAACUAGCGACAGCGAAAACUCUGGCUGUCCUGUUAGGCCCCUUGUUCUUCAUCAUCUUCACCUAUGCUGUGGUGGUGGUGGCAGUGAUGAAGAUUGCCUCGACCACCCAGCGGGGCAAAGCCUUCCACACCUGUCUCACCCACCUGCUGCUGGUCCUGGUGUACUACCUCCCUGUCAUCCUGGCCUACGUCCUAGGUAAACACAGGGAUGACUGUACACUUCGAAAUCAAAUCAAAUGUAUUCGUCACAUUCACAGUUUCCAGCAGGUAUAAAAGGUUCAGCGAAAUGUUAGUGUGCUCUUCGCCACACCUUUUAUACCUGAUGGAAACUGUAUGCUCCCUAAGUGUAGGACAGGUAUAACGGAGGACUCUGAAACAAUUUGCCCCCAAGUGUGUGUAUAUUGUACUGUAGAAAUUGUAAUUCAAAAUAGCACUCGCACAUUGCAUUUUAGUAGAUGCUAAGUGCCUUGCUCAAGGGCACAUUGACAGAUUUUUCACCUAGUCAGCUCGGGGGAUUCAAACCAGCAACCUUUCAGUUACUGGCCCAAAACUCUUAACCGCUAGGCUACCUGCCGCACAUCUGAGUUAUCUCGUUGCAGGUACGUGGGAAUAAUGCAAUAAAGAAAAGAUGACACGUGGGAGCAUACAGCAUUUCGCAGUGCACAAUUUCCUUGUUAUUUUUUGCUGAAUAUGAUCAUUUACUGUUAAUAAUAUUCAUAAUCUUCUCAAAGCCACUGGAUGUGUGUAUGUUUGUCCCCUCCCUCCUAGGUAACCUGCGCUUGGUGCAGUCCUCAGACCUCCUGACUGCCAUCCUCACUGUGUCUGUUACCCUGCCACCCAUGCUCAACCCUAUCAUCUACAGCCUAAAGACAGAGGAACUGCGGGAGAAAAUCGUCAAACUGUUCAUAAAGACAAAAGUUACUCCUCACCAA